AUGGGUCGCAAGCCUGCACCACAGCCGCUGACGCUGUCGGGAUCCCAUCCUGCCGCUGACCAGCCUGAAGACGUCGUUCCGCGCUCUGCUGAAACUCUCACCUCCUCUGUCGUUCCUCCAAGCGCCGGCUCCAAAUCGCAAUCUUCUCCCAGAUCUCCACGCUCUCCCUUUAGGUUUACUCCGAAAAGACCCAGCGCCAGUGGCAAGCAAUCUCUCCAGCUGACCGACGAACAUCGAAACUUUGAAGACGACGACGACGAAUUCCAGCAGUAUCAACCCAUCUCCUCCGCUCUCCACCGCGCUUCCGAAGACACGCCCCCUCGCCAGCAUCAUCAACAGUACCCCAUCAGCCCCCGUACGCACCGCCCCGACGAACCCCCCCGCAAGGCUUCCAAAAGCGGCGGAUUCCUCUUCAAUUUCUCAAAAACCUCCAAGUCGUCCCAUUCCAUUGCCUCCUCUCCUUCGCACUCGCCCUCACACCCUCCGCGCCAGAAUCAGCAGCAGGCACCCAUCCCUAAUACUGACUCGGGAGGCCAAAGUAUGUCGAGGGGCCCCGAUAAUGCUCCUAUGGGCAGCGACCAACCCACCCAACCUACAGUUGUUGACCCGUAUGCCAUUUCACCAGCAGAACCAUCCUACACUGAGCACGCCGUCCAAAAGCCCGCACCCACCCUGCCGUCCAGGUCCGACGCGUCUCUGGCCUCCGUCGCCGACUACGACCCUUUCCCCACCACCCAACACUCUUCUACGAAAAAGAGCAAGCCGAAGCCAUUCGGUAUCUUAAGUCGGAACAGGUCGCUUCGCGACAAGGACGGCUCAAGCUCCAGGGAUAAACAACCCAGUCCCGUGGCCGUGUCGAUCAACGAACCCGAGCCGUCGCAUCCCUUGACAGGCCGCAACUACUCAAUCAAUACGCCGCCCGCCGCAUCCGACAGGUCCCUCAAAGAGAUGGUUAACUCUACCGGGCGGAACCGCUCGGAAGACCACGCGUCGCCUCGAGACAUGGCCAACAAGGAAAACCAAAAGGAAAAGGAUCACCAUCAUCCGCGAUCAAAUUCUUCCUCGCAAAAUGGCGGUUUCUUCGGGGGUCUGAAGAGCGGAAGAGACAUGAUCAGCAAUCGUUUGUUUGGCAAGAAUGCUCGCAGUGGAAGCACGACGGAAAAAGAGCCAGUCAUCGACGACGAGCAUUAUGUGCUGAAGACGAUCAACUUGCCCCUCGUUGAGCAGACGCGCCGCACACGGAUCUCCAAGCGCUUGGAGGAUUCGAGAGACAAAACCGAGUUUUGGAUGCCUGCAUUUCCAUGGCGUGCGAUCGAUUAUCUGAAUUACAAAGGUUGCGAUGUGGAGGGAUUAUAUCGUGUGCCAGGAAGCGGGCCUCAAAUCAAGAAGUGGCAGAGACGGUUCGACGAAGAGUACGACGUCAACCUGUUUGAACAGCCUGACCUAUACGACAUCAACAUUAUCGGCUCUAUGCUGAAGGCAUGGCUACGAGAACUGCCCGACGAGCUCUUUCCUAAGGCAGCCCAGGAGCGAGUCGCAAGGGAAUGCGCCGGCUAUGAAACGGUGCCCCCGCUUCUGGUCGAGGAGCUGUCGAACCUGUCGCCAUUCAACUAUUAUCUCCUCUUUGCCAUCACCUGUCAUCUAAGCCUGCUCCUGGCGCACUCUGAUAAGAACAAGAUGGACUUCAGGAAUUUAUGCAUCUGCUUCCAGCCAUGCAUGAAGAUUGACGCAUUCUGCUUCCGGUUUUUGGUUUGCGACUGGCGCGACUGCUGGAAGGGGUGCAAGAACGAGGCAAAGUUCAUCGAGCAGGAGUACCAGCUGUUCGACCAACCACCCCCGAGAGGCCUCUCGGAACCACGCAAGAUCUCCCGCGAGACAACGGAGGAGCCGGGGCAGGAAAGCAUAGCUGCUAUGUCGGUAGACGAGCGGGCGGGGUCCUCUUCCGAAAGCAGCAAGCAGUCGAGUGCCAGUACCGAGCAGCAAGCCAAAGACCGACGGCAAAAAAAAAAGCCCCUGCAACUUUCCGAAUCCAACGGUAGCGUCGCAUCCAGCUCGACAAUAUCCACGGCACUCACAAUAGAUAGCGGACGAGACGUGCCCAGAGGCGGAAAUGACUUGCGCCCCUUAUCACCCAUCAAGCCCCUUUCGCCACUUGGUUUCUAG